CUCUCUCUCUGUCCUUAGAUGACUCCUCCUCCUCGGCUGUCUGCUGUGUCUACCCCCCCCCCCCCCAACCUUUCCUCCUGCGUCCCACAUCCUCACCCCCCUCCUCCUGUGACACACCAGACGAUGUGUUGACUGAACAGAGAAGAAGGAAACCUCUCCCGAGCAGCCGUCCUGCUUCAUGGAGUGGAGGAGCAGAGAGGAGGUGAGAGGAGAUGACAGGAGAAAGUUUCCUGUCCUGAUCCACACCGUUCUGACACCUUAACCAUCAUCUCCUCUCAUCGUCUGCUCCACAACAGCAGCAUGGAUCCGAAACAUUUUUACCUAUCAGCCGAAAUCCUGGCACUUGAGCACGUGGAGCCCGUCUCCUCUCCUCCUCCUCCUCCAGGUCUGCUCUGGCUGGUUGGAACUUUCUACUCAUCAAGUAGUUUAAACUGUGUUUGUCUGGACCUCGAGCCUCCACCAUGUCAGAGGAGCUGCUGCAGGUGGAGAUCCCAGACUUUGGCAGCAACGUGCUGGGCAGCCUGAACGAGCAGCGGCGCAUGGGUCACUACUGCGACGUCUCCAUCCUGGUGCAGGGUCAGGCCUUCAAGGCGCACCGUGCUGUCCUCGCCGCAUCCUCCCUCUACUUCAGAGACCUGUUCAGCUCUGCCAUCGACUCGUCCUCAUCUUUAUCCUCCUCCUCCUCUUCCCAGGCGGUGUUUGAGUUGCCGUCCUCUGUAACACCAAUGUGUUUCCAGCAGAUUCUGUCAUUCUGCUACACAGGACGCCUCAGCAUGGCUGCCAGCGAACAGCUGGUGCUCAUGUACACAGCUGGAUACCUGCAGAUCCAGAACAUUGUGGAGCGAGGCAUGGAGCUGAUGAUGAUGAAGGCCUCUUCCUCUUCCUCACCUCUCUGUUGUGACUCACAGACAACCUCAGCAGACGAGUUGGCAACUUUUGACAACCCAACAGCUCAGCAGCAGCAACAGCAAGAAGCCGGUCUGGAGCAGUCGACAUUGAGCCCCGAGGAGCUGCUGCUGGCUGUCAGCAGGAUCAAGCAGGAACGUGCCGACACUCCUCCUGCUGAAGACACCCGUGAGGCAGCCAGAGCAGCGGAGGAGGCCCGAGUGGAUGUCACUGCAGAUCUCCAGACCUCCAGAAACACCGCUCUGUGUUACCUGAGUGCAAGUGGAAGUUUGGUUCCAGGGUUGCAGACCUACCUGCUAACAGGCGGCGGGCGCUCCAGUCCAGGAGGGUCCAGCCUUCCCACGGACUCUCCUCCCUCCCACCCCCCCACUGAGGAGGAGCUGGAGGAAGACUACUACAGCAACACUCUCCACCCUGGCAUCUACCAACACAUGUAUGGCCACUCUGGAAACCCCUACAUCCAAGAGAAGAUGGAGAUGCUGGCCCUCCCAUUGGCUAAUGAGCGCCGGCCCUGCGUCCUGGUUGGUCGAGACAACAUGGCCCUGCCUGCUAGUCUGAUCAGUCAGAUUGGGUAUCGUUGCCACCCGUCACUCUACACGGAGGGUGACCCGGGGGAGAAGGUGGAGCUGGUGGCAGGUUCAGGAGUGUUCAUGACACGAGGUCAGCUGAUGAACUGUCACCUGUGUGCUGGAGUUAAGCAUAAAGUUCUGCUCAGGAGACUGCUGGCUACGUUCUUCGACAGAAACACACUGGCCAAUAGCUGUGGGACAGGGAUCCGUUCCUCUACCAACGAUCCUAGCCGUAAGCCUCUGGACAACCGAGUGUUAAAUACCGUAAAACUCUACUGUCAGAACUUUGCACCUAACUUUAAGGAGAGUGAAAUGAAUGUGAUCGCCGCCGACAUGUGCACCAAUGCUCGCAGAGUCCGGAAACGUUGGCUUCCAAAGAUCCAGUCACUCCUUCCUGACAGCCUCCCAACAUCCGCCUCCUCCCACCCUCGCAAACCUAAGAAGGGAGGAGGAGCUGGAGGAGGUCAGGGAGCAGAAAGGGGGAUGCAGCCCAGCAGCAGUCCCUUUGAGCUGGACCUGCGGCAGCUCAGUGCCUCCUACCUCGGCUUGGAAGCUCCGCUGUACAGUGAGCGACGUGACAGGGAGGCAGCGAUGGAGAGAGAGAGGGAAAAGGAGGUGCCAGCCACUCUCCUCCCUCAUUUACAGUUUGCUGGCUCUCACCCAGCAGGAGGUGGGCAGUCAGAGGAGGGGCUGCUGGGAGAUGAGGCAGACGGUGGAGGGAGGCAACAAACUGAAGAACCCCCAGACCUCCCUCUCUCACUGUCCUCCUCAUCUUCCUCCUCACAUCCUUCACCCCAGCCUACAGAACCUGCCCUUCCUCACAGGGCAUUGGUUGACACAGAGGAGAGGGGCGCAGAGCCUCUUGAACUCAACCAAUAAUUGAAUGCAUUUGCCUACCUGUAUGUGAAUAAGACAAAAGCUACCUGUCUCCCCCACCUGUCUGCCCCCCUACCUCACUAUUUAUCCACUUGUCUACCUCUAUUCCCACCUGUCUGUUUGUUCACCUGUCUUGCGCUCAACCUGGUUGUCUGUUCCCCCUACCUCACCAUUUGUCCACCUUUCUACCUCUCCGCCCAACUGUCUGUCUUCCUGUCUAUCUGCUUGGCUCUGGUGCAUGUUAACAGCCUCUUGCAGAUCAGCUCACAGGCCCAUAGCGAAAGGAAAGAUGAUGAUGAUGAUGUUAAUAUUCACUCUGAUAACAAUAAUAAAGAUAAAAAUCUUAAUAAUCGCAA